AUGUUGUUGUUGGUAUUUAUUUCAAUAUUUAGUGUGUGUUAUGGCAUAUUUUAUGAUUCUUAUCUUGGAACGGAAAUUGGUAUUGAAGAAAUCAAGAGAUAUAACAAAAUCAAUGCGACUUUUUGGUGCACAAAUGAUAUUGAACCAUGCAAUACCAAUGAAUGGAAACGUAUUGAUGGUUCCUGUAAUAACAUCAAUCAUCCUAGUAUUGGCGCCGCUAACACUCCGCAAGUCCGACUGCUGCCUGCUGUGUAUGACAAGGAUUUUGAACAGAAAACAACUAAAUCAGGAUCUCCGAUGCCGUUAUCUCGCUAUCUGAGGACGCGUCUCCUCUCCGAAGGUCGCGUGCCUGACCAGGUCCUCACACAACUGACCACUCACUUCUUGGUGUUUGUGGUCAGCGACGUGUUAUCCGUCCAUGACACUGUAAACUACAUAAUAUGGAAACAACAUUGCUGUACCGAAAAGGGUGAAACUGACAGAGAGUGCACGCCCAACAGAAUUCCGGACGAUGAUCCAGUGUUCAGAUUUUCCAAUAUCAGAUGUCUCAAUAUGACCAGGCCGAUAUCCUUCCAGUCUGUCGGCUGUACCGAAAAGGAUACGGUUCCUGAACGGGUCGUAACAACAACACCUAUAUUCGACUUGUCUCAAGUUUACGGUCAUAAUAUUGACAACUUAAACCGUAAGGGAAGAUUAUAUCAAAAUGGUUUAUUGAAAUAUGAGUAUGAAAAUGGAAGAAUUUGGCCACCUUCUUCCAGAAACUCGAAUCAUUUGUGUUCUCUCAACCAGCGACCAGCCGAAACUAGAUGUCACGAUACACCCGAACAAGGUCCCAAUUCAAUCCUCGGUAUCAAUCUCUUCACCAUUUGGACUUGGCGCCAUCACAAUAAGGUGGCAAAUGAACUAGCAACGUUGAACCCUUGUUGGAGUGAUGAGAACCUCUUUUACACAGCGAGGGAUAUAAAUAUUGCUGUCGUGAUGCAGAUAUUGUUCUAUGAAAUGUUACCGAUUUUGAUGGGUCGUGAGAAUUUGCUGCGAGACAGCGUCAUAUCUCCUUCCCGUGGGUUUAGAGACUUAUACAACCCGAAUGUCCUGCCGAAAAUGUCUCUGGAAUUCCCUUUUAUGUGGCGUUAUAUUCAUACUAUGCAGGAAGGGGCGAUCAAGAUGUAUGACAAUAAAGGUCGUUAUCUAAAACAAGUACCUCUUGUAAAUCUGACCUUGAGAACAGGAUUUCUGGGUGUUGAUAACAAUUUAGACUUUAUUACUCAAGGAAGCUUUAGACAAGCCAGUGGGAAGGUAGAUUAUACUGUUGAUUAUGAUGUGACUGGGAUUGGCCUCGGACCAUUCCAACGAGCCAAUGAUAUUCUAACAAGCGAUUUGGCUAAAAACAGACUGUUCGGUUUCCAACCCUACGUGAAGUACAAGGAAUAUUGUUCAGGGAAGUCUUACAAAAGUUUCGAAGAUUUAUUAGAAUUUAUAGAUGCUGAAAAUGUAGAUAUUCUAAAAGACGUAUACGAAGAUGUAGAUGACAUUGACCUGAUGGUUGGUGUGUGGCUUGAAAAACUGGUACCUGGAGGAAGAGUGCCGACCACCUUCUAUUGCAUUAUAGUCGAACAGCUUGUGAGAACUGUAGUUUCUGAUAGACAUUGGUACGAGAGAACGAACAGACCUCAUGCUUUUGAUGCGGAUCAACUUCAUGAAAUAAGAAAGGCAUCUAUGGCUCGUUUGCUUUGCGAUGUGGGUGACUCAGUUACAGAGAUUCAACCCAAACCUUUUAUGAGAAUAAGACCUGGAAAUCAAUUAAAACAAUGCAAAGAUAUCCCGUUUAUUGAUAUAGAAGCUUGGAGAGAUCUUAGUUGUUCCAUGAAGUCAAGCUAGAUUUACGCUUAGAUACAAUAU